CCGAUCCCGCGUGACGCGACGGGAAAGGGGGAGUUCGUGGCCGGUGGCGGCGGUGGAGACAGCGGCGACCUGGGGAUCGAGCUGGAGGGGCCUGGGGAGCGUGUGGAGAUCUCUAGCACGAGCGUGAGGGACCUCCCGCCGGGAUGCCUGGGGAGCAGAUGGACCCUACUGGAAGUCAGUUGGAUUCAGAUUUCUCUCAGCAAGACACACCUUGCCUGAUAAUUGAAGAUUCUCAGCCUGAAAGCCAGGUUCUAGAAGAUGAUUCUGGUUCUCACUUCAGUAUGCUGUCUCGACACCUUCCCAAUCUACAGACACACAAAGAGAACCCUGUGUUGGAUGUUGUGUCCAAUACUGAACAGACAGGUGGAGAAGAACAAGGAGACGAUAAUAGUAGUUUCAAUGAAUGUCUGAAAGAAAACAAAGCUGCAGACUCCAUGGAUUCUUCUCAUUUGGACACAUGUGGUUCCAUCAGUCAGGUCAUUGAACAGUUACCUCAGCCAAAUAGGACAAGCAGUGUUUUGGAAAUGUCAGUGGAAUCUGCUCCUCCUGUGGGUGAAGAGAAAGAAGAAGAGGUGGAAGAGAUGGAGAAAGAGGAAAAGGAAGAAGAUACUCCAGAUGACACCACACACUCCGUUGGUGCUGAAGAUCCUGCCUCAUCACAGUUGGGCUUUGGGGUUUUGGAACUCUCCCAGAGCCAGGAUAUUGAAGAACAUACUAUGCCAUAUGUAGGCAACAAAGAGUCUCUACCGUCCGUAACCACCAACUCUGGUUAUACUAGGCUCUCUGAUGUGGAUGUUAAUAUUGCAAUUAAGCAUGAAGUACAGUCUAAUGAAGAUAUCCACAUGGCAGAACAGCCUAGCAAGGAUAUCUCUGUGGCAGCACAGCCCAGUAAGGAUAUAUCUGUGGUAGAAGAGCAAAAUUCACCACCUUCAAGGUCAGAGGACAUCCCUUCUAGUCCCAAAGUAUCUCUUGCUGCUGUGGAAACAAAAGAACAAAUAUCUGGUCAAGAACUUCUGGAAGGUGGAAUGCAGAUUCACAAGUCACCAGAGCCUGAGGUUUUGUCAACUCAGGAAGACUUGUUUGACCAGAGCAAUAAAACAGCUUCUGGUGGUUGCUGUACUCCUUCAAGGGAAGAAGGUGGAUGUUCUUUGGUUUCCACACCUGCCACCACUUUGCACCUCCUGCACCUCUCUGGUCAGAGGUCCCUUGUUCAGGAAAGUCUUUCCACGAAUUCCUCAGAUCUUGUUGCUCCUUCCCCUGAUGCUUUCCGAUCUACCCCCUUUAUCGUUCCUAGCAGUCCCACAGAGCAAGAAGGGAGAAAAGAUGAGCCAGUGGAUAUGUCAGUGUUAUCUGAAGGAGGAGAGUCUUUUCAGAAGAAACUCCAUGACGAUGAACAAGUAGAGACAGAAAACCCCCCUCUCCCACCUCAGCCCACCAUAUCACCACAAGCCUCAACACCAGUGUCUCAGAGCACACCAGUCUUCACUCCUGGGUCACUUCCUAUCCCAUCCCAGCCUGAGUUUUCUCAUGACAUUUUCCUUCCAUCUCCAAGUUUGGAAGAACGAUCAAAUGAGAAGAAGGAUAGAGAUUUGCAUAGUUCAUCUUUGACUGUUGAGUGUUCUAAAACUUCAGAGACUGAACCAAAGAAUGCCACUGAAGAUCUUGGGCUUUCUUUGACAGGGGAUUCUUGUAAAUUGAUGCUUUCUACAAGUGAGUAUAGUCAGUCCCCAAAGAUAGAGAGUUCUCACAGGAUUGAUGAGGAUGGAGAAAACACACAGAUUGAAGAUACUGAGCCCAUGUCUCCAGUUCUCAAUUCUAAACUUGUUCCUGCUGAAAAUGAUAGUGUUCUGAUUAAUCCAGCACAAGAUGGCCAAGUAGAACUGAAUCAGAAUGAUGAUAAAACAAAGGAGGAUAACACAGAAACCAGAGAGGACAUAAGUAUUUUAGCUGCUGGUUGCAAAGGCAGAGAAGAAACUGUAGCAGAAGACGUUUGUAUCGAUCUCACUUGUGAUUCAGGUAGUCAGGCAGUUCCCUCUCCAGCUACUCGAUCUGAGGCACUCUCUAGUGUGUUAGAUCAGGAGGAAGCAAUAGAAAUUAAAGAACAUCAUCCAGAAGAGGGGUCUUCAGGGUCUGAAGUGGAAGAAGUCCCUGAGACUCCUUGUGAAAGUCAAGGAGAGGAGCCCAAAGAAGAAAAUAUGGAGACUGUCCCGUUGCACCUUUCUCUGACUGAAACUCAGUCCCAAGGGUUGUGUCUUCCAAAGGAAGCCCCCAAACAAGAAUCCCAGGAAGCUAUGGAAGUUGAAACCAGUGUGAUUAGUAUUGAUUCCCCGCAAAAGCUUCCAGUACUUGACCAGGAAUUGGAACAUAAAGAUCAGGAAGCGUGGGAAGAAGCUACUUCAGAGGACUCUAGUGUUGUUAUUGUAGAUGUGAAGGAACCAUCUCCCAGAGUUGAUGUUUCUUCUGAACCUUUAGAGGGAGUGGAGAAAUGCUCAGAUUCCCAGUCGUGGGAGGAUGAUGCUCCAGAAAUAGAACCAUGUGCUGAGAAUAGAGCCGAUAUCCAAGAAGAAAAGAGUGAAGAAUAUGGAGAUCUGAAAUCAGUAACUGCAGAAAAAGACCCUGUAGAGGCAGACUCUUCACAGCCUCCCUUGACUUUAGUGAGAACAGAUGAUGCUCCAGGAUCGGACCAGGAGAUGCAGCACACUCAACCACAGGAGAAAACAGAUACCUCGUUAACAGAAGACUCAAAAAUGGCUAAUGCAAAGCAGCUGGGCUCAGGUGUAGAGGCCCAGCAGCCAGAGAAAGCCUCUGCUCAGACCUCACAAAGCUUCUGUGAAAGCUCUAGUGAAACUCCAUUUCAUUUUACUUUGCCUAAAGAAGGUGAUAUUAUUCCACCAUUGGCUGGUGCAACUCCACCUCUUAUUGGGCACCUAAAAUUGGAGCCCAAGAGACACAGUACUCCAAUUGGUAUUAGCAACUAUCCAGAAAGCACCAUAGCAACCAGUGACGUCAUGUCUGAAAGCAUGGUAGAGACCAACGAUCCCAUACUUGGGAAUGAAAAAGGAGAUUCUGGGGCUGCCCCAGAAAUAGAUGAUAAAUUGUGUCUGAGAAUGAAAUUGGUCAGUCCUGAGACCGAGGCGAGUGAAGAGUCUUUGCAGUUUAGCCUGGAAAAGCCUGCAAUUGGUGAAAGAAAAAAUGGAUCUACUGCUGUUGCUGAGGCUGUUGCCAGUCCCCAGAAGACCCUGUCUGUGUUUGGCUGUGUCUGUGAAGCCCAGCAAGAGGAUGAGGCUCAAAAUCAGGAACCCCCUUCUGCACCCAUCAGGGGGAACUUGCUCCAUUUUCCAAGUACUCAAGAUAAAGAGGAGAAAGGAAAAUUAGAAGGUGACCAAAGGACUAGGCAGAGUCAACAGCCUAUGAAGCACAGUAGUCCUGUCAAAGACCCUGCUUCUCCUACCUCCCAGCAGAUGGCCACACAGGAGCCAUCCAGUCCUCAAGGGGAAGCAAUGGAGAUAGAUACACUGGAAAGCCAGAAAGAAGGGCGGAAUAUUAGUCAGGAAAAACCUAGUAAGGCGUUGGUUGAAAGGCCCAGCCAAAAUAACAUAGGAAUCCAGACCAUAGAGCAUUCCCUGUGGGUCCCAGAAACUGUUUCAGCAGCAACUCAGACUGUGAAGAACGUAUGUGAACAAGGGACCAGUACAGCAGACCAGAACUCUGGAAAACAAGAUGCCACAGUUCAGACUGAGAGAGGCAGUGGUGAGAAGCCAGUCAGUGCUCCUGGGGAUGAUACAGAGUCGCUCCAUAGCCAGGGAGAGGAAGAAUUUGAUAUGCCUCAGCCCCCACAUGGCCAUGUCUUGCAUCGACAUAUGAGAACAAUUCGAGAGGUUCGCACACUUGUCACACGUGUCAUCACAGAUGUAUAUUAUGUGGAUGGAACAGAAGUAGAAAGGAAAGUAACUGAGGAGACUGAAGACCCAAUCGUAGAGUGUCAGGAGUGUGAAACUGAAGUUUCCCCUUCACAAACUGGGGGCUCUUCAGGUGACCUGGGAGAUAUCAGUUCCUUCUCCUCCAAGGCGUCCAGCUUACACCGCACAUCAAGUGGGAGUCUCUCAGCCGUGCACAGCAGUGGCAGCUCAGGGAGAGGAGCCGGACCACUCAAAGGGAAAACCAGUGGGACGGAACCUGCAGAUUUUGCCUUGCCCAGCUCCCGAGGAGGCCUGGGAAAACUGAGUCCUAGAAAAGGGGUCAGUCAGACAGGGACGCCAGUGUGUGAGGAGGAUGGUGAUGCAGGCCUUGGCAUCAGACAGGGAGGGAAGGCUCCAGUCACACCUCGUGGGCGCGGGCGAAGGGGCCGCCCGCCUUCUCGGACUACUGGAACCAGGGAAACAGCUGUGUCUGGCCCCUUGGGCAUAGAGGACAUUUCACCUAGCAUGUCACCAGAUGAGAAAUCCUUCACCCGUAUUGUGCCCCGAGUGCCAGACUCCACCAGACGAGCAGACACGGGUGCUGGUACUUUGCGUCGAAGUGACUCUCCAGAGAUUCCUUUCCAGACUGCUGCUGGCCCUUCUGAUGGCUUAGAUGCCUCUUCUCCAGGGAACAGCUUUGUAGGGCUCCGUGUUGUAGCCAAGUGGUCGUCUAAUGGCUAUUUUUACUCUGGGAAAAUCACACGAGAUGUCGGAGCUGGGAAGUAUAAAUUGCUCUUUGAUGAUGGGUACGAGUGUGAUGUGUUGGGCAAAGACAUUCUGCUGUGUGACCCCAUCCCGCUGGAUACGGAAGUGACAGCCCUCUCGGAGGAUGAGUAUUUCAGUGCAGGAGUGGUGAAAGGGCAUAGGAAGGAGUCUGGAGAGCUGUACUACAGCAUUGAGAAAGAAGGCCAAAGGAAGUGGUAUAAACGAAUGGCUGUCAUCUUAUCCUUGGAACAAGGAAACAGACUGAGAGAGCAGUAUGGCCUAGGCCCAUAUGAGGCAGUAACGCCCCUCACCAAGGCAGCAGAUAUCAGCUUAGACAAUUUAGUGGAAGGGAAACGGAAACGGCGAAGUAACAUCAGCUCCCCAGCCACCCCUCCUGCCUCCAGCAGCAGCAGCACAACCCCUACCCGAAAGAUCACAGAAAGUCCUCGUGCUUCCACGGGCGUACCCUCCGGCAAAAGAAAACUUAUCACUUCUGAAGAGGAACGUUCCCCUGCCAAGCGAGGUCGGAAAUCUGCCACUGUGAAACCUGGUGCAGUGGGGGCAGGAGAGUUUGUGAGCCCCUGCGAGAGUGGAGACAACGUGGGUGAACCCUCUGCCCUGGAAGAGCAGAGAGGGCCUCUGCCCCUCAACAAGACCUUAUUUCUGGGCUAUGCCUUUCUCCUCACCAUGGCCACAACAAGUGACAAGUUGGCCAGCCGCUCCAAACUGUCAGAUGGUCCUCCAGGAAGCAGCGAGGAAGAGGAGGAAUUUUUAGAAAUUCCUCCUUUCAACAAGCAGUACACAGAGUCCCAGCUUCGAGCAGGAGCUGGCUAUAUUCUUGAAGACUUCAAUGAAGCCCAGUGUAACACAGCCUACCAGUGUCUCCUAAUUGCGGAUCAGCAUUGUCGAACCCGGAAGUACUUCCUGUGCCUUGCCAGCGGGAUUCCUUGUGUGUCUCAUGUCUGGGUCCAUGACAGUUGCCAUGCCAACCAGCUCCAGAAUUACCGUAAUUAUCUGCUGCCAGCUGGGUACAGCCUUGAGGAGCAGAGAGUUCUAGAUUGGCAACCCCGUGAAAACCCUUUCCAGAAUCUGAAGGUACUCUUGGUAUCAGACCAACAGCAGAACUUCCUGGAGCUCUGGUCUGAGAUUCUCAUGACUGGAGGGGCAGCCUCUGUGAAGCAGCACCAUUCAAGUGCCCAUAACAAAGAUAUUGCUUUAGGGGUAUUUGACGUGGUGGUGACGGACCCCUCGUGCCCAGCCUCGGUGCUGAAGUGUGCUGAAGCAUUGCAGCUGCCAGUGGUGUCACAAGAGUGGGUGAUCCAGUGCCUCAUUGUUGGGGAGAGAAUUGGAUUCAAGCAGCAUCCAAAAUAUAAACAUGAUUAUGUUUCUCACUAAGGAUACUUGGUCUUACCGGUUUUAUUCCCUUCUGUUGUAGAAACUGUGUUUUAAUCAGGUUUUAAAUGUGUCUUGUGUGUAACUGGAUUCCUUGCAUGGAUCUUGUAUAUAGUUUUAUUUGCUGGACUUUUAUGAUAAAAUAAAUGUUGACUCUCUUUGGUUGUAGUAACUGGGAUUUCUUCAUCUAAUUCUUUGAGCUUAAUCUCAGAAUAGAUAAACAUAGUACCUUCUCUGCCAUUUUCAACAGGCUUGUUCACUUGUAGAAGGACAGCUAGCCAAGGAAAAUAACAAGGAGUGAAUUUUACAGUUUUUCUGUGGUAUCGUUGUCAAAAGUCAUAACCUGGGCUGUCUAAAAUUCAGUACUUCCAAAAACAUGAUUUUAUAAUGGGCCCAGAUUAAUAGUUGUGCCAAAAGUUGAGUGGAAUUAGGCACAGCUCUUAGUUUUCUGGCAAUUAGAAAGAGAAAUCUCUCUUUAGAAUUGAGCUAACAGCUGACCUGUGGAUACUGUGCUCUCAGAGCUAAAAGGGAAAAGGACCAAUUGUUGUGCAUGGGUGGUGAGUGUAAACUUCUGCUAGGAUCAAUGUGAGAAACAGUAAAAACCCAUCGAAAUGUUAGCAGCUGUAGCCAGAAGGUCAAAAUUUUAUUCCUGUCACUGCUGCUGGAAGCUGUUCCUUCCAUACUCCUAGCAUCAUUCGUGUUGCUAUCCUCUCAUGCUCUAAAGCGGGGCUUAAAAUUUUUUUUUUCUACCAAACAGUAAAUGCGUUAGACUUUGUGGGCCACUUGGUGUGUCAUGACUACUCACCUUUGCCAUGAUGGCACGAGAGCAACUACAGACCACAGGUAAGCAAGGAAGUGUGGGCUGUGUCCCAGUAAAACUUUAUUUACAAAGACAGGGGGUUGGUCGUAGUUUGCCAACCUCUGCUCCAGAGGCAGCAGUGAGAGGGUCAUCGUUAGCUGACAGUUAGUUACAGGUAAUGAAGGGGUACAGUGUGUGGUAGAAAAUGGAGAGAUCAGGGCCAAAUUAGAUGGAUAAUUAGACCUUCAUCUUUAGGUAUUUGAAAUCUAACAAUUUUUUUUCUUAAAGAGUUUUUUUUUAAGCUUUAAAUACCUCAUUGUAGCUAGAAUUACCCCCUUACCAGUCUGAAAUAAUUGGAAGUUACUGGUAAAACUAUUCAGACACAGUUUUGAAGAUCCUUUGGGAUAGGAAACUCACUUUCAAUUUCUGAAGGAGGAAAAGGGGCUCUGUGGGGUGUGUAGAAGACUGUCUUACCUGGUGCCUUUCUUGCCGAGUGGUCACAUCCAGCAUUUGACCUAUUUUUGAAUAUAAUUCCUUUUUCACAUGAGCCAUUUAACUUUCUGAUUAUAUAACUUACUGCCGUGUCUCUCGAAGCUUGAACAGUACCUAAGCACACAAGCAGGUGCUCAGUAAACGAAUCCAAUGAAUGUUCUCAGUGUAUCAAAUCUUGUGUGGUCAGCAGAAGGAGAGCUGAUGCCACAAGUCCUCCUUGGUGGUGAGUUAAGAAUGGCUCUGAGGUGGGGCCCAUGCCCCUUCUACCUGGGAACAAGGGGAAGCAUUUGUAUCCAUGGAUGUUCAAAAACUGCUUCUAGGAGAAAAGGUAGAGCUGUUGCGGGAGGCUGCAGAUGUAUGGGCCUGGCCAGAGGACGGGAUGUUUUGAAUCCUCAGUUACAGCUAUAGCACGGUGAGACUGACUGACUUCUGUCUGUGGACCAAAAUUCUCACAUCCCGAAACUACAAAAGAAAAAAGGCCACUUGAUAAUAUGCUUCCCUAAGAUUUUCUUCAGAGAAAUAAUGAGCCAGGGCAACAACUUGUGAUCUAGAUAAUGUCAUCUUAAAACUGUUUGCUAAAUUUACUUAGGAGAAAUCUGCUCAACAUAUCAGAGAGAGAAAGGAGAAUAAUAUUAAGUGCUUUUGAGUGAGACAGACCUCAGAGAAGCCACUACCACUGAAUCUCGCCGUUAGAUUAAAAAAACAGUUGAGAGUUAGAAAGGGUAUCCUUUCAGUGCAAAAGCUGGGGAUCAGUGAGGCAAGAGUCAGGGCAGGGAGGCCCCCAAGGCUGGGCAGCUGGUUUGUGUCAGAACUGGGAUUCAAGCCAUGCUGCCUUCCAGCACAGCAAUGCACUACCUAGCCAAGAACUUAAAAUCCAUCUCGGCCUUAGGAGUGUUAGUAAUUUACUAUGAUGAUGAUUUUUACUGGACAGUCAUCUUCACUGAUGAUCAAACACAGCCCCUCUUCUCUCUGAGCCUUACUUUCCUUGUUUAUAAAACGAGGGUAUUUCGACUAAAUGAUGGCUGAAGUUCCAGCUCUGGAAUUCCACCGCUCAUUAAAAAAGCCACACAGAGUCUACUAAGCCCCAAGGUGCUUGUUCCUACCUGCCCAGAGUGCCACCAGCCUGGGUGUAGUAUUUGUUAUAAUCUAGCCGUAAGAGUAGCUGGGCCAAAUCAGAGUUGAUCUGAUGAUUCCGAACACUGGAGAGAAUCUUGAAUAGGAGUGAAGACUGGCGGCUAAAACCCUGCAGAGAGAAGGACUCAAGCUGUCAUUCCUCCUACACGCACCAGCUGUCCAGGUGGAGUGAGGGGGCAGGGGGUAUUCCUUGGAAAAAUCUUGCUGAAAAUUCUGCAGCACCAACUGGCCUUCCCACAUCCCAUUUCUUUUAGCUCCUAAAAUGACUUCUUUGUGCAUAGACUGCAUGACUUGCUGUGAAAAUACUCUCAUUCUCAGUAGGAAUUUAGCAGCCAGCUUCAGAUUGAUAGAUGCUGCUGUGUACUGGGCUGGGGGAGAGCCUGUGCUUUUGUUACAGGCAGAGAAUUAUCGCAGUGAAACAGGUUAGUUCAAGGAAGUAAGGCGGUUGGAUGUUAAAAAGUAAGAACAAAGCCAGUGCAUGUUUGGUGGGCUGAAUAAACUGUUCAGGACUGAACAAUAUUUGAUCGCUGAGGCAGCACAUAAUUAUCUGCUUCAAAAACUGAUACCAACAUUUUUUAAAAAUCUUUGUAUCUUGUUAUUUCUGUGUGUCUGUAUUGGGGAAAUGCUUAAAUUGACUCAGAGGAAUAGAUCAUGAUGCCCCAUCAGCAAAACCACCUCCAUCCUUCCAAGGACCAGGCCCACUCACCUUCACCAGGAUGCUCAGCUGGGCAGCCCCACGUUCAUCCAGGGGGCCCAGGUUCUGACUGACCAGUGAGCAAAAGCUGUGACAGAGGUCUAAGAUUUCAUUCAGGCAGUGAAACACCUAUACAGGAAACAGGUGACAUUAGGAGGAAAAAGGAAUAGAUAGACCUGUGAAAUUAUAGAUUUGGGAAAAUAAGAGCUACCCUCUUCCCCUCCUCUACAUCUGACCUCCGCAAAAAAAAGUGCAAGUUCUGCCGGCCCCUCAAAAUGCAACGUGUGUAAAACUUCCCUUUUGGGCAAAGACACUGCCGUCCUCUUGGUCAGCCUGCACGAAACCUCCGCUUGAGGCACAUUAAACUAGUCCUUGUCUCUCAAACCCACCGACUGUGCUCCCACCUUGAGCUCUGCUUUCUGUGUCGUCCCCUGCGCCUGGGACACUCUCCUCAAUACCAGUUGGAGUCCCACUCUCGCUGGUGCACCCCCUGCCCCACCACAGCCCCUAGAGACCCUUUGCUUCCCUCCCCUCUGUAGUAUCUGUACUGUUGAGGCCGCCUGUGUUGUUACUGAUCUGUGAUGUAUGUAUGUCCUGUUUCUCCAACUAGAUUGUGAGCUCCUUAAGGGCAGAGCCAUGACUUAUACCUCUUUGUAUCCCCAGUGCCUUGCAUACAGUAAGCACUCAAUAAAUAUUUAAUGAUGA